CGGUCAGGCUUGGGCCCGACAAUUCUCGCCCCGCGAAGAUGGAGUGAUAAAUUCCAAACAUCACUCCAAGGUAACUAAUUUAACGGAACCCCCGACUUGCUAAAAGUGGCAACUUAGCCGAAUAUCACUACUUCAAAAGGAAAGAGCUUCACCAAACUUUGUUUACCAAAAGUGACAACUUUACCAGAUACCGUCCCUGCCCCAUAAUCCCUCCAAAGGCCCUCGCCGGGCGCCCAGCACCCAGUCUCGCCUUUCAAAACACCGCGGCCUGCACACAAAAGACCGAUACUACUAUCGCGGCCUUCACAGCUCACAUGAGCUGGCCCAGCACGUUGUGCCGCAUCACCACUCAGGACCCAAAAACUCAUUCAGGACCCAAAAACUCAUUCAGGACCCAAAAACUCAACAAUCCCCGCAAUAUGGACGCAAUCACGUCGUAUGUCUCGCGGCAGUUGGUCUCGCGAGGCACCAGGUACCUCAUGCGCCGUGCUGGUGUCACUGACGACGAUGACGACUUCGCUGAACCCCCGCUCUCCGAACCCGAGCAGGAGGCCGAUCCCGUCACCGAAGAGAUGUUCUCGUCGUGGGCGCUUUUCAUCCUUCUUUUCUUGCUCUGCUCCGCGUUGUGGUCCUCAUACUACCUCCAGCAGCGGCGAAUCAAGGCCAUUCAUGAGACCGUGCUCCUGAUCUUCUACGGCAUGAUCGUGGGUUUGGUAAUCCGGGUAGCCCCUGGCCACUACAUCCAGGACGCGGUCAAGUUCAAGUCCGGCUAUUUCUUCAACAUUUUGCUUCCGCCGAUCAUUCUAAACUCCGGGUAUGAGCUCCACCAGGCGAACUUCUUUGGCAAUCUCGGCCUGAUCCUUACCUUCGCCAUCCCCGGUACAUUCAUCUCGCUGUUGGUGCUCGGCACCAUCUUGUACGCGUGGACUGCCUUGGGCUUUGACGGUGUCAAACUUGAGUGGGUGGACGCGUUGGCCGUGGGCGCCACGCUCUCAGCAACGGAUCCCGUGACCAUCCUUUCCAUUUUCAACGCGUACAAGGUCGACCCCAAGUUGUACACGAUCAUUUUCGGGGAAUCGCUUUUGAACGACGCCAUCUCGAUCGUCAUGUUCGAGACGUGUCAGCAGUUCCACGGAAAGCCUUUGCACUUCUCGUCGAUGUUCGAGGGUAUCGGUCUAUUCUUGAUGACAUUCACCGUGUCCACCAUCAUUGGAAUGGCCGUGGGCAUUUUGGUUGCCUUGAUCUUGAAACACUCCCACGUGCGGCGCUACCCACAGAUUGAGACGUGCUUGGUGCUUUUGUUUGCUUACCAGUCUUACUUUUUCUCCAACGGUGCUCACAUGUCCGGCAUUGUGUCCUUGCUUUUCUGCGGUAUCACUUUGAAACACUACGCAUACUUCAACAUGUCCCGUAGGACGCAGAUCGCCACCAAGUACAUCUUCCAGUUCUUGGCUCAACUUUCGGAGAACUUCAUCUUCAUUUACUUGGGUUUGUCGCUCUUCACCGAGGUCGAGUUGGUCUUCAAGCCAUUGCUCAUCAUCGUCACCUUCAUUCUGAUAUGCAUUGCAAGAUGGUGUGCCGUGUUCCCCUUGUCAAAGUUCCUCAACUUUUUGUUCCGCGCCAAGCACGAGAGUGCCAGUCGCCGAAAUGUCAUGAAUGGUGGCAUCUCCUCGCCCCCACAGCCCGAGGAAAUCAGUCACUCGUACCAAAUGAUGAUUUUCUGGGCCGGAUUGCGAGGUGCAGUGGGUGUUGCAUUGGCGUUGGGCCUCCAGGGCGAGGCCAAGUCCACGCUCUUGGCUACAGUUCUUGUUGUUGUAGUGCUUACCGUGAUUUUCUUCGGCGGCACCACAGCGUCAAUGCUCGAGAUCUUGGGUAUCAAAACUGGCGUUGUCGAGGAGGGCGACGACUCUGAUGAUGAGUUUGAUAUUGUGGCGCCAAAAUUGGCCGUAGGCAACUCGUCGAGCAACUUGAACUUGAUGGGUAGCCGCAGAUUCAGCCCGGACAUUCCGUCACUCUCCAGAAACCCAAAUAAGUCGAGUGUUUACGACACCGAGGGUCCAGCAAACUCGCAAACCGCCACAGCCAGAUCGCUGGCUUCGUGCACCAACUCGCGCACGGAGUUGAGCUACAACCACAACGACGACGACGAGCUCAUCACGAGCGAUAUGGAUGAUUUUAUUACUGAGCCCCUCGGUUACACCGAAGGCGACCCAGGUCGCUUGGCAACGCAGUCGAACGGCGCGUUGGGUGCGUUUUUGAGCGCAGAGGAGCACGCCCGGUGGUUCACGAAGUUCGAUGAAGAGGUGUUGAAGCCGGUGUUGCUCGACACGUUGCCCCACCAAGAGGCCUCGGAUAAGUACGACGAGGAAGCCAGGUUGGGCAAAUAGACAGUGCGUUCUGAUGCUGGGUGUUCAUUCGGGCGAUAAACUAAAAAUACAUACUUCCAUG